AUGUCGGACAACAAAGUCUCAAGGCAAAAGCCCUGCCAUCACUGCAAGAGCAGGUCAGCCUCAGCCCCACCAGACACCUCCACGAUCCACUAUGAGAAGUUCUGGCUGUACCGUCACUGCUCUUCAGUGCAGCAGAGGGACAGGCAAGCUCAGAAAGCUGGGCAGCUCUUCUCAGGGCUGCUGGCCAUGAACGUGGUGUUUCUGGGCAGCGCCUUCAUCAGCAGCAUGAUUUUCAACCACGUGGCCAUCACCCUGGCAGACGUCUGGAUCCUGCUCUCCAUCCUCAAGGUCUUGUGCCUCUGCUGGAUCAUCUACUACCUGCUGGGCACCAGUCGGCAGCCGCACGCAGUGCUCUACCGGGAUUCCCACGCUGGGCCGAUCUGGAUUCGGGGGUCAGUGCUGCUGUUCGGCAGUUUCAGCAUCCUCCUGAACAUGUUUCAGAUCGGCUACAGCGUGAUUCUCAUCCAGUGCAAAUCCAUGGUGGAAAUUGUGUUCCCCAGCAUUGAAAUCCUUUUUAUUUGCACCCAGGCUUUUUUUCUGUGGCGUCACUCUAAGGACUGCAUUCAAGUCCAGCACAACUUCACCAGGUGUGGGCUGAUGCUGACCAUAGCCACUAACCUCCUCCUCUGGCUCUUGGCCGUGACCAACGACACCAUUCACAUGGAGAUUGAGUCUCAGCUGCGUGAGGUGGAGCAGCGAUUUGCAGGCAAUGAGACUACCUCAUGCACAUGCCCAAACACAACCAUCUGCAAAGUCUUCCAGAAGGGCUACAUCCUGCUCUACCCCUUCAACACUGAGUACUGCCUCGUCUGCUGCUCCGUGCUGUACGUCAUAUGGAAGAACGUGGGGAGACGCAUCAGCCACCACCAUGUCUCUCACAUCAAGCCCAAGUUCAAGCUCCAGGGGGUGGUCUUUGGGCCACUGCUGGGCACUACUGCCGUAAUCAUCGGGAUCUGUGUCUUCAUGAUAUACCAGAUCCAGGCCACCGGCUCAGCCCCCAACCACCAGGUCUUUGUAAUGUACUAUUCCUACUACAUUGUGCUCCUGCCCCUGAUGAGUGUGGGCGCAGUGAUUGGGACAAUCAUCCACGCCUUGGAAAAAAGGGAGCUGGACACGCUGAAGAACCCAACCCGCAGCCUGGAUGUGAUCCUGUUGAUGGGGGCAGCCCUUGGCCAAAUCGGCAUGUCCUACUUCUCCAUUGUUGCCAUUGUGGCCACCGACCCCAGGGACCUGUUGAACAGUCUCAUCCUGUCCUAUUCUGUCCUCCUCAUCUUUCAGAACAUCACCCAAAACGUCUUCAUCAUUGAUGGGCUUCACCGGCAGCCCUUUGUAGCAGCAACUGAGGCCAGACACACAGGCCAUGCUGGGCGGCAUGCAGUGGCUUCAGAGCUACCUCGUGAAGAGGAAGCCACAACAAGCAGCAAACAGGAACACACACAGCUCUCUCCUGGCAAAGAGGAAGAAAUGAAGGAAGAGCAGAAUCAUGAAGCCUACGACCAGAGACGAGUGAGCAUGCUGGAGCUGGGACAGGAGAUCCGUAAAGUUUCACUGUCCUAUCUCCACAGCUACUCCCACCUGAGUUGGAAGAGAAGAGCAUUAAGAGAGAUCUCGUUCUUCUUGGUUUUGUGCAACAUCAUACUGUGGGUCAUGCCCACAUUUGGGGCUCACCCUGUCUUCGAGAAUGGACUGGAAAAGUCAUUUUACGGUUACUCCACCUGGUUUGCGAUCGUGAACUUUGGCCUUCCACUGGGUGUGUUCUACCGAAUGCACUCCGUCGGGGGACUCCUGGAGGUCUACAUCACAGCCUGA